AUGGCCGAGGAGAACACUUACACCCUCCAGACCGCUGGCUUCGACGCCCGGUUCCCCAACGUGAACCAGACCAAGCACUGGUACCAGAACUUUGUCGACUACCACAAGUGUGUCAACGCCAAGGGCGAGGAGUUUGCCCCGUGCCAGCAGUUCAAGCGCGCGUACCAGUCGCUCUGCCCCAACGAGUGGACCUCCAAGUGGACGGAGCAGGUCGAGAACGGCACCUUCCCCGCCUCGCUCGAGCCUUAG